GUUUAACACCAGAAAUGGGCCAGAUCUUUUUAUUAAUCGAUCCCAUCAAAAAUAUUACUGCAGGUUACUCAUAUCCAUAUGUAGUGGCAAUCCUCGCCAAAACAGUCGAAGUCCGAAAUAUCCAAACUCAAGCUCUAGUACAGCAGAUCGAAUUAGCCAAUGCUAAAAUUUUGAACCAAGGAAAGCUGUUGUAUAUUGCCAGUGGAUCCCAGAUAUGGCGUCUUACACCUUACAGUCUCGCUGCGCAAGUCGAUCAAUUGGUAGAGAUGUUCGAAUACAAGGAAGCUGUCAGUCUCUUGGACCAAAUGGAGCCGAUUUUACUGGAAAACAAAGCUGACAAGGUGAAGAAAAUCAAAAUGAUGUAUGCCAAUGACCUGUUUAAACGCGGUCAAUACGAUACGGCCGUGACCAUGUUUCAAGAACUAGAGGCAGAUCCUCAAACCGUCAUAUCGCUGUACCCUGAGGACAUUGCGGGCGAUAUGCACUUGGAGGAUACGAUUCAGGCAGGUGAAGUGGAGCUGGCAGACGAACAAGUUCCUAGACCAGACAUUGCGCAACCUGUGGUGGAUGCAGCAGUGGCAUCGGCUGCAGCAUCGAUAAAGAGUUCAACGGAGUCUGCACGUCAUUCUCCCAAACCCAGCGAAUACGUACCCCUAACUGGCCAACACUUGACAGAAGCCGUUUCCUAUCUGAUCCGGUUUUUGACCGAUAGACGCCAAAAGCUUACGAAAGCGCUUAACAAACAACAAGAUGAUGAACGACACACCUUGUUGCAUAUGGCCACUCAAGUAGACACGGCGUUGCUGAAGGCGUACAUGAUGAACAACGAUGCCUUGGUCGGUCCCCUCGUUCGAGUUCCCAACCACUGUGAUGUUGAGGAAUGCGAAAAGCUACUGCGGGAGAAAAAGAAAUUCAAAGAAUUAGUUGACUUUUACAAUUGUAAAGGGCUUCAUGAUCAAGCGCUUGAAGUUUUGCGAGAUCUUGGGAAGAACGAAACCGGUCCACUCCACGGUGUUUCUCAAACCGUUCUUUACUUACAACAAUUGGACAUCGAUCACUUUGACCUCAUUCUCAAAUAUUCUGCUUGGGUGUUUGAGAACGAUCCUGAGCAAGGGAUGCGGAUUUUUAUAGAUGAUAUGGUAGAGGACAAUAUUUAUCCAAGGGAUAAAGUUCUGGAGCACCUUGAGAAGAUCUCUUCUGAUCUCGCUAUCGAGUACUUGGAAUACAUUAUCCAUGAAUUAGGCGAUACCACCCCUGAAUUCCACAACAAACUCAUUUUGGCCUAUCUUCAAAAGUUGAAGGCUAUGCCACGGAACACGACUGAGCAACAGGCUUAUGGUGAAGAACGUGUCCGAUUGCAAGUGUUCAUGACGACCAGCAUAACCUACAAAGCCGAAAAGAUCCUAUCUCGUUUACCGUACGACGAUCUAUAUGAGGAAAAAGCAAUCUUAUUAAGUCGAAUUGGGCAGCAUGACCAAGCGCUGAAUAUCUAUGUCUACAAGCUGAAGAACUAUCGAAUGGCAGAAGACUACUGUAGCAAAAUUUACUAUGAAGAUCCUGAACAGGGUCAUCGAAUGUUCUUGGCGCUACUACGUGUGUAUCUACAGCCAUCUAGCGGAGGGUCUCCUUUAAUUGAGCCGGCAUUGGAAUUGCUGGCAAGACAUGGCUCGCAAAUAAACGUUUCGGAGGUCUUAUCAACCUUACCGUCUGAGACACAUCUCAAAGGAUUGUAUCCGUUCUUUGAAAAGUCUAUUCGUGAAAGCAAUAGGGUUCACUAUGAAAACAUGAUUGUCAAAAAUCUGCUUAAAGCAGAGCAACUACAGGUUCAGGAGAAAAUGACCUUUUACCGAUCAAGGAGUAUCCGCAUAUCAGAAGAUAGAAUGUGCCCACAGUGCAACAAGAGGAUCGGCAACAGUGUGUUCGCCGUUUUCCCAAAUGGUGCCGUUGUUCACUAUUUUUGUAAAGAGAAAAUGGAACAGCAAAGAUGGAAACUCGGCCACUAAGCAAGAUAAUGACCAUGCACGUUCCUUCACGUCUUUUUUUAAUUUAAACGGCAGCCUUUAUGAAUAAUAAUAAUAAAAAAAAAAGAAGUGAAGUUCCUACCUUUUUCAACAAGCUACA